ACAAAUUCCCUAUAAAGAUUUCCCUAGCCUACCUUCUCCUUGUUCACAGCCUUCUAUAGAACUGUUACCUCUGGUCAAUUUGGAAAAGAAAAAUGGCUAAAAAUCAUGGUAUUUUGGUUUGUCUCCUAAUCAUAGCACUGGAUGUUGUUGCUGGCAUACUUGGGAUUGAAGCUGAUAUGGCUCAAAACAAGGUGAAGCAUUUAAAGAUGUGGGUUUUUGAGUGUAGAGACCCGAGCUAUCAAGCUUUCAAGCUAGGUUUGGCUGCAAUAUUAUUUCUUCCCCUUGCUCAUAUCAUUGCUAACUUGCUUGGUGGAUGCACUUGCAUGUGGUCCAAGGAAGAUUUCGGAAAGGCAUCCGCUACUAGGAAGCUAGCUGUAGCUUCUCUUUUCUUCUCAUGGAUCAUACUGGCCAUUGGGUUCACAAUGCUGGUCAUAGGGACAAUGGCAAACUCAAAAUCAAGAAAAUCAUGUGGAUUAUCGUAUCAUCACAUUCUCUCCAUCGGAGGCAUCCUGUGUUUCAUUCAUGGAAUCUUCGCAGUAGCCUAUUAUGUAUCUGCCACUGCUUCAGCCAGAGACCAUUCUCGGCAUCGAACCCCUGCUACUUCUCAAGCGUAGUCUUUUUUUCCAAUUUCCUUUCAUUUCAAUUGAUCCCAUCAUACUCUAAUCCUCCCCAUUAGGCAUACAAUCAUCAUCCAAGUUAUCAUGUAAAGGUUUUAAGCUCUUGCUUAAUUAGCUACCACUUGAUCAACUCCCUUCAAUGCUAAUGUGUAUUCUCAUUACUACUUA